AUCAAACCCGAUCCCGGCUCGGGUUAUUGGCCGAGACAAUUUGACACAACGGGUUGCUAGAGAAAUCAGAAUCAAAAAACAAAAUGCGAAGUUGCCACGAAAAGAGAGAUUCCUGGAGUUGUUCAGCCUUGGUGACUCCUCAAACUCCUGCGAAGACCCUUCUUCUGAGAUAGAUAUCAUCGGUUUUGCUUUGAAGAUAACGUUCAUUUGCUCGAAGCAAAGGAAGUCUUUUGCUUGUAGGUUCUACUUUUUGUGGAGUAAUUUGCAGAGAUACCCAUAUGGAUGCUUAUGGCGUUUCUCCUUCUUCUUCCUCCAUUUCUGAGAAAUACGAUGUCUUCCUCAGUUUUAGAGGUGAAGACACACGUAAUAAUUUUACCAGCCAUCUUUAUGCUGCUUUAAAACGAAAGAAGAUUAAGACUUAUAUUGAUGAAGAAAGCCUUGAGAGGGGAGACGAUAUCACACUUUCAAUUCCAGAAGCAAUUCAAAAGGCAAAGAUUUCAAUAAUCAUUUUUUCAAAAAGUUAUGCUUCUUCAUCAUGGUGCUUACGUGAGCUCGUGCAAAUACUUAAAUGCCGUAGAGAAAACAAACGGAUGGUAAUACCUAUUUUUUAUGAGGUAGAUCCAUCCCACAUAAGGAAACAAGAAGGAAGUUAUGAGAAGGCAUUUCUAGAGCACGAAGUCCGUUUUAAGAACAGAAUAGAAAUAGUGAAAGAGUGGAGAGCUGCUUUAACUGAAUCGGCUGAUUUAUCUAGUUGGGAUUCACAAGUCACUAGGCCCGACUCCGAAUUAGUUGACGAAGUUGUUGAAGAUGUUUUAAAAAAAUUAUGUAGUACUGUAUCGUCGAGUGCUAAUGUUGUGAAGGGCCUAAUUGGAAUGGAAAAACACUUUCAGCAAGUUGAAUUGCUAUUAAGCAUUGGGACACCAAAUGUCCGCAUAAUAGGCUUGUGGGGAAUGGGUGGCAUUGGGAAAACAACCAUUGCGAAUGCAGUAUUUGGUCGAUUCUUUUCUCACUUCGAAAGUUGUUGCUUCCUCAAAAAUGUUAGGGAAGAAUCAGAGAGAGUACAAGAGGGAUUAGAGAAAUUACGAAAGAAGCUCUUUGCUAAGUUAUUAGAGGAAGAAAAUGUCGAUUUGGAAACUCCAUCUUCGUUAGAUAUCAUUAAUAGAAGGCUCAAACGUACAAGGGUUCUUAUUGUUUUGGAUGAUGUAAGUAAAUCAGAGCAAAUAGAACACUUAGUCGGUGAUGGUAAUCGUCUCUUUGCGUCUGGAAGUAGAAUUCUAAUAACAACAAGAGAUCAAAAAGUUCUCAGGACUAAAGCUGAUGAGAUCGAAACAUAUGUCUAUCAGGUUGAGCAGUUGAAUUAUAAUGAAGCUCUUGAGCUUUUCAAUUUGACAGCUCUUAAUAAAGGAAAGCCGCCAACAUCGGAUUUUACGGGCCUAUCAGAACAGGCGGUGUAUUAUACUAGGGGCAAUCCCUUAGCUAUAAAAGCUUUGGGUUCUGACCUUCGUUCCCUUCGCGAACCAAACAGAGAAAAAUGGGAAAUGGCAUUGAAGAGAUUUAUAAAGUGCCCCCCUGCUGAUAUUAGGAAGGUGUUUAAAAUGAGUUAUGAUGAACUAGAGGAAAAUGAGAAAAAUAUCUUUCUUGAUAUUGCAUGUUUCUUCAAAGGGAUGCGUAGAGAUUUUGUAGAAAACGUACUGAAUGGUUGUGAAUUUUUUGCGAGUAUUGGGAUAGAUAUUCUCAUUGAUAAGUCUCUCAUAACUACUGAUCCUUGUGGUAAUGAGCUCCAAAUGCAUGACAGCUUAGUGCAAGAACAGGGUCGAGAGAUUGUUUGUCGAGAAUCUAAUAGACGUGGAGAGCGCAGUAGAUUAUGGAUUGCUCAAGACAUUUUUCACGUCCUAGAGAAUAAUGAUGGGACUGAAAAUAUUCAGGGAAUAUUCCUGGACUUAUUCGAAAUUGAGAUCGAGCUGCACUUGCAAUCUACCAGUUUUAGAAAGAUGCAUAAUUUGAGAUUGCUCAAAAUUCAUGACUCGUCUUACAUGAAGAAAGACAAAUUGCGCCUUCAAGAUCUCCAGUAUCUUCCUCAUUCACUUAGGUAUCUAGAGUGGCAUGGAUACCCCCUAAAAUCUCUACCACCAAAAUUUAAUCCGGUGAAUCUUGUUGAACUAAAGAUGCCCUAUAGCCAGCUUGAGCACCUUUGGGACGGAGUCCAGGACCUUAUCAAGUUAAGAGGUAUUGAUCUAAGUCACUCUAUUCACCUAACUCAAUCUCCAAAUCUCUCCGGCGCUCCAAAUCUUGAGAGAAUAAAUCUUGGGUCUUGCACCAGUUUGCAUGAAUUUCAUUUUCCGCAAAAUCUUAACGCACUUACUGAUCUCAAUCUGAGGUAUUGCAAUAAGCUUCGGAGUGUUCGAGACAGUACAAUAUUUGAUGCGACAUAUCUUACAACUCUUACUCUCAAUGGUUGUUUUAACCUCAACACUCUUCCAAUGUCUAUAACUAGGAGUCCGGUGUCUUUAGAUUCAAGUUCAUGUGGCAUAACAUCAUUGCCUUCAUCAAUUGAUUGUCUCGAUAAUCUUUCUAAAUUGUCUCUGGAUGACUCUACAAGACUCGCAAAUCUUUUAAGCUGUAUGAAUAAGUUGUUUGAUAUAUGAGCAAGUUUCCAACUUUUGGUGACCGGAUUUCAGUGGGCCUGUGGCCAAAGUAAGUUGAAGCAGAGUUUGGUGGUCAGCACAUCCCAAUAAUUCAGACAGAAUGGGAUAUUCCUGGAGAGUAAAGUUGCUUUCUGUUCCUUGACUUCUGUUUUAGUUUAUGUGCCUUAAUCCUACAAGGAUUAAGGAUUUCUUUCCUUUUUUUUUUCUUUUUUUUUUGAAAAAAAAAAAAAAAACUUGAAAUGAGCAGUUCUUAAUUAGCAGAAAAUGCGGGUCAGACGGUUAGGAAUGUAGUAUUUUCCAUACCAAUCCAAGGACACAAAGAGUGGUCUAGUUGUUAACAUAAUAUCUGGCAUAAUCAGGUCAUCAUUUGGAAUGUUGAAAUCCAAUUUAUCCCUUUUUUUUUUUUUUUUUCUAUUAAUGGUUUUCCAAUUGUGGUGUUUCUUUUGUUGAAUAUCCGAACCUGGUUUUCUUGUAAAUGCCAAUAAAAAAUCAAGUCAAGUGGAUCUGAACAAAUUUUUGGGUUAUUUACACUACUUGCC